AUGAGUGCACGGACGAAGCGCAAGAACCUGCAGAAGCGCAAGAAGCGGCGACUGUUUGCUACUAUUGCAGCCGAGAUAAAGGCUAAUGAAGAGGCCCAGUGGACGUUGGACAAAGAGGAACUGGACCUGAUGAGGAACGAGGAAGAGCGGCAACGAACGCAUGAGCAAUGGAAAAAGGCGGUCGAGAAAACCAUGGCUACUGCAAUUGCGCGCCAAAGGAUUCUGGAGCAACGGCAGGAGUUGAUCUUGUCUCUACGACUGCAACUGCAGCAGACGUCCGAACGAUAG